AAGUCAAUUUGCAUCGAACACCACUCGCACAUGUUUUUCAAGCGUCAAAACAAAUUUUGGACACAUCAGUUUUUGGAUUUAUUAUUUUGAAUAAAUCUCAUUCUAAAAGACGAAAUUAAAAUCUGAGAAGCUUCAAUAAUAUUCACUGUAACCGCAAUUAAAUAUAAGAAAUCAAAAUGACAGUCCGAACACCAGCCAAAGUAAAUAGAGAAUUAGAAGCCGAAGAAACAGAAGAAUUGGAACAUGAGGCCGAAGAUUCGGAUGAAGAAAAUUCCGAAAAUGAGCAAGGAACGGGGCAAGGAAUGCUGAGUAGCGAUGAAGCCGAUAAUGAAUUUGAUGAGGAUGAGAGCGAUGAUAACGAUGAAGGCAAUACCGGUUGGGCCGAUGCAUUUGCAAAAGUGCUUCAGCAAGAGAAACCAAAAAAUAAAAAAUAUUUGGUUUUGUCAAAAGCGAAAAAAUUGGCAGAUAAAAAAGAACAAAGUGAUGAUGAUAAGAAAGUAACAUUCGAAAUAGCUGGCCAAAUAGACGAUGAUGAAAAUGAUGAAGACAUCAAACCAGAUGUGAAUGUGGAAGACACAAAACCAACCAACGAUGAGCUGGAAUUGGCGUCAAUCGCACGAAAAGAACGAAACAAUAAAUUAUUGGAGCUACGCGUUAAGCCGAGCGCGAUGGAUCGAGAACGUGAACGUGGAUUUAAACGUAUUGCAACAAAAGGUGUUGUACAACUUUUCAACGCAGUACGGUCACAGCAACGUGAUUUAGUCGAUCGAUUGGAAAAAGCCGGACCACUCGAUCACAAACGUGAUGAAGUUUUGAAUAAUAUUAACAAACGACAAUUUUUGGAUAUGUUAAUGGGUGGCAAACGAGCAAAAUCGGAAAAUGUCGACAAUCCAGUCAAGGAUGAAAAUGAUCAAGAUGCCGAUAGCUCACGACCAUCACAAUGGAGUGUAUUACGGGAUGAUUUUAUGACCAAUAAGAAAUUGAAACAUUGGGACAACGACGAUGAGGAUAAUGGUAGCGACAAUCAAAUCAGUAAUAACUCAAUGGAUUCAGAUUCGGAUUGAAUAUGUUACAACUAUUAAAAAAUAAAAUUAUAUUUUAAUUAAAAAUGAUAAGCCGCUUUUCUUUCGAUCCUUUUGAAACUUUCUGGGAUUGAUUUAAAAAAAGAAAACUUUUUUGUGCUGGAUAUUUUCGAUUUUGGAUGCCAUGUUUUUGGGGUCUUUUUUAAAAUGUUUAAGAAAACAGUGUUGUUUAUGAUAUACAAAUAAAUGCAUUACAGAAUUGGUGGAUAAAUGCAUCGGUUCCCGCAUUCACAUCAUCAUGAAGAAUGACAAGGAAAUGGUGGGCACAUUACUGGGAUUUGAUGAUUUUGUUAACAUGCUGCUGGAGGAUGUUACCGAAUACGAAAACAUACCAGAAGGCCGGCGGGUCACAAAACUCGAUCAGAUCUUGCUCAAUGGAAACAAUAUUACGAUGCUUGUGCCGGGUGGUGAUAUACCAGAUAAUUAGAAAAUAAAUGUUUAUUCUAAGUGGAGGAAAACGUUAAUUAAAAUACAUACUUUCAAAG